GGAGAUUUAUACGACGGAAACAAGGAAAACCAGUUCCAGGAUAUACAGAUGUAUAUUCCACCGAUGCGAUUGGCCGGAUUUAUUCAGUACAUCCAAGCAAUGAUGAAUGUUUUUAUUUACGACUGCUAUUAGUCAAUGUACGUGGCCCAACAUCAUUCCAACAGUUACGAACUGUUGAUGGUGAAUUGUGUGGAUCCUACAGAGAAGCCUGUCAACGUUUGCAAUUGCUUGAAAAUGACGCUCAUUGGGAUCAAACUCUCAAUGAUGCUGUAAUAUCAUCACACGCUCAUCAAAUACGAACAUUGUUUUCUAUAAUCAUAUCUACAUGCUUCCCAUCAAACCCAAUUGAUUUGUGGAUCAAGUACAAAGAUUAUAUGUGUGAUGAUAUUUUGUAUCAAAUACGGAAUAGAAUGGGAAAUCCAAAUAUACAAAUCAGUGAAGAAAUUUACAAUGAAGCAUUGAUUUCAAUUGAGGACAUGUGCUUGAUAAUGUCAAACAAACUAUUAAUUCAAUUAGGCCUGACCGCGCCCAAUCGUCCAAUGCAUGACGCUUUUAACCAAGAGUUGCAUCGAGAAAAACUGUAUGAUUUCAACGCUUUGAAAGAAUUAAUUCAAACAAAUCUUCCACUGUUAAAUGAACAACAGAAGUAUGUAUUUGAAACUCUUAUGAAAGUAACAAAUGAUGAAACUGGAGGGAUUUACUUCUUAGAUGCACCUGGUGGUACAGGAAAAACUUUUUUGAUUUCAUUAAUAUUAGCAACAAUUCGCUCACAAAAUAAAAUUGCACUUGCACUCGCUUCGUCGGGAAUCGCAGCAACUUUGCUUGAAGGUGGUCGAACAGCCCAUUCAGCACUAAAAUUGCCAUUAAAUAUGCAAAGCAAUGAAACUCCAACCUGCAACGUUUCGAAGAACUCUGCAAUGGCAAAGGUUUUGCAGCAAUGUAAAUUGAUUGUUUGGGAUGAAUGCACGAUGGCACAUAAAAAAUCUUUGGAGGCUUUAGACAGAACCUUAAAAGAUCUACGGAGCAAUAAUAACCGAUUUGGUGGUGCAAUGAUUUUAUUAGCAGGAGAUUUUCGUCAAACAUUGCCAGUGAUUCCACGAUCAACGCCAGCUGAUGAACUCAAUGCAUGUCUAAAGUCCUCCAAUUUGUGGAAACAUGUCAAAGUACUUCAUUUAAGCAAGAAUAUGCGUGUCGAGUUGCAAAAUGACCAAUCUGGAAACAUAUUCUCUAAACAACUCAUUGACAUUGGUAAUGGCAAAUUUCCUAUAGACAUGUUGACUGGCUGCAUUAACUUUCCUCAAAGUUUUUGUCAGUUAACUCGAUCAAAAGAUGAACUUAUUCAGAAGGUGUUUCCAGAUGUUUCUCAAAAUUACAGAAACCAUGAUUGGUUGAGCGAACGAGCUAUACUGGCUGCAAAAAACAUAGAUGUAAAUGAAUUAAAUUUCAAAAUUCAAGAACAAAUUACAGGCGAAUUGAGGAUAUAUAAAUCAGUUGAUUCGGCUACUAAUCAAGAUGAUGUAGUCAACUAUCCACUGGAAUUUUUAAACUCGCUGGAUUUGCCAGGAUUGCCACCUCACAAUCUUCAAUUAAAGGUUGGAUCGGUGGUUAUAAUGUUGCGAAAUAUCAACCAACCGCGUCUUUGCAACGGUACACGGUUAGCGAUAAAAAAUUUACUAAACAAUGUGAUAGAAGCAACUAUACUCAAAGGAAAGUAUAAAGGAGAGGAUGUUCUCAUACCGCGCAUCCCAAUGAUUCCGACUGAUGUGCCAUUUGAGUUUAAACGACUACAGUUUCCAGUGCGGCUUGCUUUUGCUAUGACUAUAAACAAGUCCCAGGGGCAAUCAUUAAGUGUUUGUGGUAUUAAUCUAGAAAACCCAUGUUUCUCACAUGGUCAAUUGUAUGUUGCCUGUUCCCGUGUUGGAAAACCAUCAGAUUUGUUUAUCUAUGCGCCAGGUAAUCAAACAAAAAACAUCGUAUAA